CUCUCAAUAGUACAAAUUUUGUGACGACGUGUUAAGUCGAAUUUUGUUAAAUUUUCAGUUUCUUUACGGAUUUUCGACAAUUUUCAGCAAUCCAAGAGACUUUCACGGGCAACAGAACCCCCGUAACAUCCAUAUCACACGAAUUUUUGUACUUUUUUGCACGUAUCCAUGAGAUAAACAGCACUUUCCAAAUGUGGAUUUACGAUAAAUGUUGCUUCCUCGGUAAUUUUACGCAAAAAACGCUUUAAAUCGCGACUCAGGAGAUGAAGUUUCAUUAAAUCAGGGGAGUUUUGUCCUUCAAACACUCUGGAAAUACGGAAAAACAACAAAAAUGGAUCAAGACGACACAAGCAACAACAUGGAAGUAAAUUACUCGGAAGUGAAUGAAAAUAACAAUAUUUACAUCAACAAGCUGCGACAUCAGCUGCUGGGCAAGGACAACAACAGUAUCAAGCAGGAACCCAUGGAAAACGUGGCGCGAAGUCAUCUGAAAUCGUUGUCGGAGUACAGCAGCAAUCGAAAUGAGAUGCCAGUGACAAAACUGAACGACAUGCCCUUCAAAGUGGAAAACAGCGAGCAACUAAUGAUGCUCCAGUUGUACAUUCAGAACAAAUAUAUCGAUGAUUUUUUACGUAAAACGCAAGCUACGACGUAUUUUAAUCAGUUGUCGAAACUGAUGCGACCUGAAUCUCCGCAGCAGCAGCCAACGCAAUCUCCCUCGCCUGUGCCUCCGCAAGAACAACCCUUAGAUCUAUCGCUGAAGUCGGAACGGGCACAUAGCGCAUCGCCCUCAUCAUCAACGUCAUCCAUGGAUUUCGACGCGCCCAAAUAUCCGCAUGAAUUUCUGCAAUUACAAUACAACAACAACAAUAACACGCCAACAGACCUGUACAAUAGAACGCUCAGUAAGUUGGCGAGUAGUAGGCGAAGCAACAUGAUGAUGACGGAAAGCGACACAGAAAUCUCGAAUGUGAUCCAAAACAUCGUCAAGGAGGAAGAACAAGUUUUCUCAUGCGGGAUUUGUAAUCAAGUGUUCAACAUUCGGGACAGACUCGCAAAACACAUUGCCUCGUGUCACAAAAAUAAGAAGAAGAGCAGCGACAUCACAAAGACAUACGAAUGUGAUGUGUGCAAAAGAUCCUUUGCGAGAUCAGAUAUGCUUACACGCCAUUCACGCCUUCAUACGGGUAUCAAACCGUACGCUUGUAACAUCUGUGGUCAAGUUUUCUCGCGUUCAGAUCAUCUCUCGACACAUCAACGUACACAUUCUGGAGAAAAGCCUUACAAGUGCCCCUACUCUUUUUGUCAAUAUGCAGCAUGUCGACGUGAUAUGAUCAAUCGUCACAUGCGAACACACAUGAAACACGAAAACGCAAAGGCUUUAAGCCCCUUGACGACAUUCGGUGAUCAGAAUUUCUCAUUCAACAAGGAUGACCUGAAGAAAUCUUCAUUAGUUAAGACUGAGGUAUAAGGUCCUGUGUUUAUAUUUUUUGUUUUUUCUUUUUUUAAUUUUAGUUAAGUAGUUUGUUAGUUAGUUCCAUAAGAGUUUAAGUCCUUCCUUCAAGAAAGAAUUUUUCUUGGGUGCUACUUUUUUUUGCGUUUGUUCCUGAACACGAAAAUUUCCAUUUGAAGUUUCUGGCGUGUGUGAAAUAAAAAAAAAAUAAGUUUGAUUUAUUAAGUUUCUAUUUAUUAUUCCUCAACUGAAUUAUUACCUUUUUUGUUUUUUUUUCUAUCUCGUACUUUCUCUCGUCUUUGGGAGGGUAAAAAAAUGUCAAACAAACACACACUAAAUGUUAAGUUUUAUGAUAAUUAUUACGUUAAGAAGUACUAAGGGCACAAACAUGAAAACUAUUUAUAUUAAUUAUGUUUACUAUUAGAUGAAAAAUGAUGUACAAGCAUUCAUGUUAAUUGUAAAUUACGAAAAAAAAAUAUUAGAUUGGUUUGGUUUUUGUUGUUUUGUUUUUGGAAUUGGACAAAAAACCGUUUAAAAAAGCUUUGAAAAGCAGGUUAUAAUCUUUAUAUUAAAUAUUAUACAUUGUUAAUGUUAUCUUUUAUGUAUGUUUGUAUGAGAAAGAACACAAAAAAUAUUUU